CUCCACAGUACGCACCUGUCGCUCGGGUUCCACAGGAAACUCAGUGGGUUGUUUUUUUUGAGCAGCGACAUGGACUCGCUGGAUGGGUAUUAUGGAAGUUUCGAGCAACAGAUCCAUGAUGGUGUGGAGCGAGAACCGCCAGCAUGUCUUUACUCCCGGCGCACAGAGCAGGUACCGUAUUUAGAGCUGCAAGGUAACAUGGCACUUGAGAAUCAGGACAGAGAUUUGGCUCCCUAUGAGCUGCCGUCCUGUCAGCAUGCCCCCUCACCCGGGUAUCGUCAGGCGGAAGGCCCGCAGGCUGAUGCUUUCCAUCUGAGGACCAAUGAGACAACAGAACACUUGGCCUUUCCAUGGAUGAGAGCUUCAAGAUCUCAAAUCUGCCAGGCAGCCAUGACAGGAGGGUUUCUGUGUGAAGACCCGGACGAGCAGAAGCGAAGCCGCACAGCAUACAGCAGGGCACAGCUGCUCGAGCUGGAGAAAGAGUUCCUGUUUAACCGCUACAUUUCCCGGCCACGCAGAUACGAGCUAGCAACGAGCCUGAACCUCACCGAGCGUCACAUUAAAAUCUGGUUUCAGAACAGACGUAUGAAGUGGAAAAAGGAGGAAGCAAAGAGGGGCAAAGACACACAGAACCAAGAGCUCCAUGAACAAGCUGCUGACUAGACUGUAGCAACACGGCUCUAAAGAAGGACACCUUUAUUUGAGACGCCGAAAUCCUUGGUUUAACUAUAUUACAAUGUAAUAUUUCUUAAUGCGCCUAAACAGAGUAGCAUAAUUCCACUUCAGCUGUCAAAGUUUGGGCUUCAAUCCCAAAUAAUGUAUUACAGAAUUCCUUUGUGUCCACAUAAACAUUGCUACACUUUAAGAGUUAAAAGGUUUGUUGACAUCUGAUAAUCACAUCUGAGGGGCAUAGUCGUUAUCACGUUUGCCUCACACCUCCAGGGUCGGGGGUUCGAUUCCCGCCUCCGCCUUGUGUGUGUGGAGUUUGCAUGU